UGGCGGAAUUUUGUGAAUUCAUCGCUGUGUCGUUUUCAAGGUAUUGGAGCCACAGAUAGCGAGUGAAUAGCUUACUGGUAAUUUAAUCUGGUGUAAAUGGGGCUGAGUGACGGAAUUUUGGUAGUUGUUUCGGUUCUUGAAGGGCGAAGAUUUCCUAAACGACCACGACACAAGAUCAUUGUCGAAACAAAGUUUGAUGGAGAAACUCUGACGACAGAUCCCAUUGAUCAUGUGGAAACCCCAGAGUUCACAACUGAACUUGCUUGGGAAUUGAACAAAAAGUCUUUGCAUCAGCAUCGCUUGCAGAGAACACCAAUCAAAAUCCAGUGUUAUGCUCUGGAUACUCUGUCAUCUCAGAAGGAAGCUGUUGGAUAUGUGAUCCUAGAUUUGCGGACAGCACAACAAAAACCAGUGAGAGCACAAUGGUAUUCCCUCCUGAGUACAAAGUACCAAAGAAUGAAACCAGAGUUGAAGUUGAUGUUGUCAUUAGAAGAUGACACUCAGUCUAAACAGACUGAACAACAGUCACAACAAGAAGAUGAGAGGCAACACCUAAGACCCUCUCCACCAAGAAAACCAGAAUCUGAUGGGAUACAGUGUCUGCUUAAUGAAGACCAAGGGUAUUAUGAAAUUGGACCACAACAUGAAGAUGACAAGAUUUUUAUUUUGUCCGUUACAAUUGGACUUGCCUCUAAUUUAGCCAAGUUGGUACCAUCUAGCUUUGCUUUGCCAGAUCCAAACCUCGGUGGUGGAUUUUAUUUUUAUUACUCAUUACUGAGCAAUGAUGUGACAAAUGAAGUCUUUCAUGAUCUUCUUCAACCAAACUUUCCUGCUGAGCGAGCUUCAGUGAGAAUAAGAAGUAACUUGGAACUUCUCAGAACAUUUUUCACCCAACAUUCAGGACUGGAGGUCUAUUUGUGUUGUGGGGACCAGUCCUUAGGCAAAGCUGUAGUCUCUUUUCAAGGCCUUCUCAAUGAGCAGCAAAACUUAGCAUCACCAACUGUAAUUGAAGGGCUAUUUCCAUUAAUUGCACCUGGUCGUAGUCGCCAAUCUUCAGGAGCAGUAGAUGACUCUGAGCCAGCUGUUGGUGUGUCUGUGUCUUUAAGACAAGAGCAACAGGAGACAAUGGGAAAUGUCACAAGUCCCCCCUCGCCAAUUGUUGCUGCAGGAGGAAUGGGAAGACAGAGGGUACCUGAAGUAGACAGCCUGCCAUAUGGAAGCAAAUCUCCAGCUAAACAGCUUUCAAGCUCCCCUUUUAGAGGAAAGCAGAGAGAGCCUGGUAAAGGGUCAGAGACAGAGAUUACUGGAGAGCACCUAAAGGGUACACCACCUCGACCACAAUCCAGCACUCCACACAGUGGCCCAGAAAAACCAGGGUUAGAAGGUGGGGUCACUUUGGGAGCUCAAAAGAACUCUCCUUCAAAGAAAUCGAAGACAGCCCAGGCUUCUCAGCCACAAAUAUCAGCUCCAGGCCCCAGCAGCACUGUUCCUUUACUUGGAACAAGGCUACCAAUUGAUCCAGGAGCACACCACUUCUGUUUUUCUAUUGACCUGCGCAGUAUUUCCAAUCUUGAUGUAACAUCUCCUGUUAACUGUUUCCUCAGGUACACAUAUCCUUUCUUUGGCAGUGCUGCACCUGUUAUCACUAGUCCUCCUGUACAAGUCCAACGCAACAUGGAAGUUCUUCUACCAAAAUCAUUCUGUGCCUUUGACUUUGCGUCAUCGCCAAUACUUCUUCAACAAACUCUCACAAGAGUUCCCCUUGUGAUUGAGGUGUGGCAUAAAGACAGCAUGGCUGGAAAUCUUCUGAUUGGAGUCUCCAAUAUGUUGCUGGCCUCUGUCCUAAGUGCCAAUAAAGUUCAAGUCUUGUCGCAGGGUAAAGAAGUGACUGGCUACAGGCAAAUUUAUAACGAGAGGGUGAUAAUCUUCACUACAGAAAAGCCUGCUCGGAGAAUCGGUGAGCUUCAUGUGGUUCUCGGUUUAGAGGACAUGGGCCCAGUGAACAUACAGCGCUUGAUGGAGGCAAACGAGUACAGUCUUUCCUCUUCACUUGAAAGUAGCCAGACAUCCAGUGCCAUUCCUCUCUCUGAGCCGCAGCGUGUUCCGCCCGCUCAGCCCAAGCCUCCUCCUGUUACUGACCCACGUGACACAGAAGAGUACAAGACCGCGCUAGAACUGGAGCUUUGGAAGGAGCAACAAGAAGAGAUGUUUCAAGCACAGAUGCAGCAUCGAGAAAACUCGCACAUGAAAGCUCUUGCUGAGGAAUGGAAAAGACGAGAUAAAGAGCGCGAACUGAUGGUGAAGAAAAAGCUGGAAGAAUAUUCAAGAUUGGAAGAGAAGAUCAAACAGUCCAUCGCUGAUCUGGAAAGGAGAGAAAAACUGUUGUCCACCAAUGAGGCUCAGGUGAUGCACUUGAAGGAAGAACUGGAACGAGAACACGAACGACGGACUACAGAAAUGAGAGAAGCUGCUCGAAGAUUGAAAGAUGACUGCUCACAUCAAGUAGAAAUGGAGAGAAUGAAAGUUAAGGACCUGGAGGAACAGAAACAGAGACUAGUGGAGCAAGUUUACGAAGCAGAGAAACGAUAUCAAGCGAAAGAGAAUGAGUUUAUGGCUUACAAGGAACAACAGCUGACGAAACCUGAAGUAAAGCUCGAGUCUGAAAUAAAUCUUUUAAAAAUGGAAAAGACAGAACUUGAACGUAAGUUAGAAACGGCGAACAAGUCAAAGAUUCACUACAAACAGCAAUGGGGCCGAGCGCUAAGGGAACUGGCGCGACUGAAACAGCAAGAACAGACUGCUGCCAGAGCGCGGCUCAAAAAACAAGAGCAAGAGCUGGAACACAUGCGCCUGCGUUAUCUUGCCGCCGAGGAGAAGGAGGUUGUUAAAUCUGAGAAAGAAGAGCUGGAGGAAAUAAAACUUGAGCUAGCCAGAUUAAAACAACAGGAGGAGGCGAAAGCACGGGUAAAUCAAGCGCCGACUGAAGAGCAGGAAAAAACAUCAGCCGCCAAUUCGUCACAAAGAAGAAGUGUUAAGCAUUCACCUGGACUCACAUCUGUUCAUGAACAUGACGAAGAAGACAUUGAUAGCAGAAUAGCGAAACUGAUCGAGGAAAGAGAUACGCUGUUACAUACGGGAGUUUAUACCACUGAUGAUCGUAUAAUAGUUGAACUAGAUCGACAAAUAAGAGACGCUAUAGCCAGUAGGGGCACGUGAUAUAAGGGGAGAAGGUUAGGGUUCGUUCGAAUUAAUCCGGAUUGGUUUAUUGAUUGAAAUUUUCUUGAUGUGAAAAAUCAGGAGUAGUGCGGUGAAGA